AUGGCCAAGGCAAAGAAAUCCAGCGACACCAUCAGCUCCCGUCUCGCCGUUGUCAUGAAAUCUGGCAAGGAGUGUACUAACAGUUUUUCUUUUUUUUCUUGGUUUACAGUGACGAUGGGAAUGAAAACAACCCUGAAAUCCCUCCGGGCUGGUAAAGCCAAGCUUGUGCUUAUCGCUGGGAACUGCCCUCCGCUGCGCAAGUCUGAGCUUGAAUACUACGCUAUGCUGGCUAAAUGUCCUGUUCACCACUUCAAUGGCAACAAUAUAUACACAGUGUUACUACUGCUAUUACUAUACACUGUGUAUAUCAGUCAAUCGAUCAAUCGAGCUUAG